UUGAUUUACGUUUACAUGUUGUGCAAAACGCGGGGAGACAGUCACAACGCGACGACACAAAAUCCGACGAAUUGGAAAUUUCGUUUGGUCGUAAUUUCGAUUGUUGACGUCAUCUGCUGGUGGCCUGCUUGUAUCCUUUAUGUGAUACCGUUUGCAACUGGAACUUCGGUGUACAGUGGAAACUACUCGCCGGAAUAUUCGGAGCCUGUUCUUGUUUUGGUGGCUGCUGUGACCGUUGCCAAUCCAAUAUUGUACGUCAUUAUGGCAAAAGAUUUCACUACAGCGACUAGGAAGUUUUGUUGGCGGCAUUGCGUGUGUCUAGACCGUUUUAAUAAAGAUCAAGAAUAUAUAAGGACUGUUACGGGUGUAGAUAUUCGUGUGUAUGACAGCACGUCAGGACCCACAGAUACAACUAAGUUGCUAUCAGAGAACUCUAGAACAGAAGACACCAAAUAUGGCUACCGGUCAAUCUAGAGUGUCCCUACUCUAGGUGCAUGUCGCUGCGCAAAUGCCUAGCAUAGCACACUUAUAUUAAAUUUCGUGUAAGUAAUCUACACUUUAUGAACGUACUGUAUUGUACAGUUUUAAAAAAUCUGCAUUACAUUGAUCUAUGGCUGCCGUAUAUUUGUGACGUCAUUAGCCUAGCAAGCUACAGGUCGACUAUUGUUCUAAUGUGCCUUUUUAGUAUACUUUAAACUCAAAGCUACUAUACAGUAAAAAUCUA